GGCCGGCGGGGAGAGAUGGCGGAGGGCGGGGACCCCCCGGCCGCCCCGGGCAGCGCAGGUCGGAACCUGAAGGAAUGGCUGCGGGAACAGUUCUGCGACCACCCCCUGGAGCACUGCGAGGACACCCGGCUGCACGACGCCGCCUUCGUGGGGGACCUGCCCACCCUGCGCAGCCUGCUCCAGGACGAGAGCUUCCAGAGCCGGAUCAACGAGAAGUCGGUGUGGUGCUGCGGGUGGCUGCCCUGCACCCCCCUGCGCAUCGCGGCCACCGCCGGCCACGGGCCCUGCGUGGACUUCCUGCUGCAGAAAGGGGCCGAGAUCGACCUGGUGGACGUCAAGGGACAGACAGCCCUCUACGUGGCCGUGGUCAACGGGCACCUGGAGUGCGCCAAGAUCCUGCUGGAGGCCGGGGCUGAUCCCAACGGGAGCCGCCACCACCGCAGCACUCCCGUGUACCACGCGGCGAGAGUGGGGCGGGCGGACAUCCUGCAGGAGCUCAUCAGGUACGGCGCGGACGUGGACGUGAACCACCACCCGCCCGCCCGCGGCCACUGCUCGCGGCCCCUCACCACGCUGGUGGUGUGCCCGCUGUACAUCAGCGCCGCCUACCACAACCUGCCGUGCUUCCAGCUGCUGCUCCGGGCGGGAGCCGAUCCCGACUUCAACUGCUGCGGGCCCGUCAACCUGCAGGGCUUCUCCCGGGGCUCGCCCGUGUGCGUGAUGGACGCCGUGCUGCGCCACGGCUGCGACGCCGCCUUCGUCCGCCUGCUCGUCGACUUCGGGGCCGACCUCAGCCUGGUCAAGCUGGAGGCCUUGGCGGUGGAGUCCACGGCGAGGGUCAGAGUCAACCCCGAGGCGCUGGAGGUGUUCAGGGAAGCCAGGGGCCGCCCCCGCAGCCUCCUGUCCCUGUGCCGCAUCGCCGUCCGGAGAACCCUCGGCAAAUCCCGCCUGGACCUCAUCCACAUCCUGCCUGUCCCAGACCCCAUCAAACAAUUCCUGCUCCACGAGCACACCUAAAGGAUGGCCAGCUGCUUCCCUGGAUGCUUUGGUUUGGUCGGUUUGCCGAAGCCGGGUGCCGAUCCCGAGCCUUUCCCCACGGAGUGCGCGUCAUUCCCUGCUCCCGGGAUUUUUUCCUGCCCUUCCGGAUUUCGGGGGCGGUGGUUCUGUGUGUCCCUCGCAUCUCCCCCGAGGGAUUUGCUGGGAAUGAGACUGAGCAAGGUGUGUGGGUGUUGCUGAGUAAAUACAAUAUAUCCCGGAGCUGCUGGCACAAGUGUAACUCUGUCACUCCUCUGUUCCACACUCCCUGCCGGAGCCUUUCCUCUCCCUGCAGGAUACCGGGAAGUCUCUCUCUGGCACCAGCACUUGGCCUUUUCCUCCUGUGCGAAGUUUGUGAGUAAAAUUGGGGGUGUUUCUCUCUGUCCUCUUCUGGUGGCACAGAAAACCAACAGUUGCCACCUCCCUUUGACUCCGGAUCCCAUGGCAUGGCCAGGGAAACCCUUCCCAGAUCCGCUUUCCAGCUGCGGUUUGCUCGUGGAAAAGGGAGAAGAAAGGGCUUUUGGGCUUGAGGUGGUAGACUCCAGCUGGGAGAUUCUGUGCCUGGACUCCUUUGAUUCCCAGUGCCUCUUCAUGCCACGGGCUCCCAGGAAAGUGUCUUCUCCAGGGAGUCAACAGCCUUUCCUCAGGAUCCCUGGGUGGGCUCCUUAAAGGCUCAGGGUCAGUGUAGAGGAAUCCCUGUCAAAGUCCCAACAUCAGGAGGGCAGAGAUGAUGGUCCUUCGGGAUCUCAGGAAAAAGCUCAGGUGAUAAUUGGUACUUGCUUUUACUUCACUGCUUCAGGUCCUUUCUGGUCCCUGUGGUAGGAGUUGAUUUUUUGGACAGUUUUGCUCUGCCAGACGUUCUUCCUGUGCUCAUCCAGUGGGCAAAGGGGGUUUUUCCAGAUGGGGCUUUGAAGAUCAUCAAAUCCCAGACUGGUUUAGAUUGGAAGGAACCUUGAAAAGCUCAUCUCAUUCCAACCCCCUGCCGUG